GUGACGUGGCGUUGCGCAAGCUCAGAAGAGUCGACACGGUUUCCUGACAGCCAGACGAGCAUCACACCAAAAAUCUUAAAACUUUAGGAAUAUUCUCGUAGUUUUAGUUGGUUUGUUAUUAAUCUUCGUCAUGGGUCUGACCAUAUCGUCGCUGUUUAGCAGACUGUUCGGAAAGAAACAGAUGAGAAUUCUCAUGGUUGGGCUGGAUGCUGCCGGCAAAACCACAAUAUUGUACAAACUGAAACUUGGAGAAAUUGUGACCACCAUACCCACCAUAGGUUUUAAUGUGGAGACUGUUGAAUACAAGAACAUCUGUUUCACCGUAUGGGAUGUUGGUGGUCAGGACAAGAUCCGGCCUCUGUGGAGACACUAUUUUCAGAACACACAGGGUCUGAUCUUUGUGGUGGACAGCAACGACAGAGAGAGAGUAGCAGAAUCUGCAGAGGAACUUUCUAAAAUGUUACAGGAAGAUGAACUGAGGGAUGCAGUGUUGCUGGUUUUCUCUAACAAACAGGAUCUGCCUAACGCCAUGGCUGUCAGUGAACUCACAGACAAACUCGGGCUACAGAGUCUACGCAGCAGAACGUGGUAUGUUCAAGCAACCUGCGCUACACAGGGCACUGGACUCUAUGAAGGACUGGACUGGUUAUCCAGUGAGCUCUCCAAACGUUAGUGUGGCUGAUAGAAGAGAAACAAAUUCGUAUGAACCAAUGAAAAGUCUAGAGACUCCUCUUAGAAACUUUUAAGUGUAUGACAGCUGACAACUGGGAACGAACCAUCAAAUACUCGGCGCUGUCUUAGCCUUUUCUCUUUACAAUGUAUUCUUUUGCCCAAGUUUGUUUGUUUUCCAAUUUAAAAAAGCACAUUGUUGCAUUGCCGAGACGAAACAAUAUUUUGAAAGACCUUCCUUUUCUGUUGCUCUUCAGUUUAGCAAAAUGGCCUUCUGGUCUAUUAACACUGGAGUCUCUGAUCAGCAUGCCGGGUUAUUGGAUUUCAUUUAGUAUUCUUACAAUCUGAUCAUCAUGGUACCAUUGCUUCUGAUAAAGGGCUUGUUUUUUGAACUGGAGAAUCUUGGGGGUCACAAAUAUUUUUGAGCUGGACUGUGAACGAAUCAAAGCCAUGCCUGUUCCAUCAGUCUAUAUAAAUAUGCAACAUUUUAAAUUUAUCAAAUUGUCACUGUAGUGGCUUGAGGUUUCUGUUGUCCUAAACAUUGUCCAUGACUGUGCAUGCAUCUUCAAGAAUUGACUUUCUAGAUCUGCUUUGACAUUCCCCACAUCAACACAUGACGCGUAUGGCAUGAAAUUGUAAAGUUCAUAGCAGUCGUCUUUUGUAUUUUCCCCUCAGUUCAUUGUUGUUUUAUGGCCAAUUUUGAAUGUUUCAUUGACCCAGAGAGGACAUUUCAUGUUGUUAAGUCACAGUAACGGAAGGAAGGUGCAGUUCCUUAUAAAGUUCUUAACAUUGCAAAUUCACUUUGAAAUUGACUUUUUUUUUGUCAGUCUUGCCAUGUGAAAAUGCUAAUGUUGAGUUUUACCUGCAGCUUAUCGUUACUUGUGACUGAAUUUGACACCUGGAUGCUGAUUUAAUGUAUUCGGAUAAAUUCCAUGUCUGGUUGAAAUGGUUUGCUUUCCUAAAUUAUGUGUAACAGAAACAAUCUAUUUUACCCUAUUAUCAUGACAAAUUUGUUUGUGUAUUAUAUGUAUUAUAUUGUUUUAGAAUAAAACAUAAUCGUGAACAAA